AUGGCGGGCUCCUUAUUCCGGUCCUUCCUCGUAGCGGCGCUGGCGAUCUCCCCCUUUGCCCAGGCCAUCCGCUUCACCUAUCCUACGCCGGCCGAAACUGCCUAUAGCGUAAACCUCUCCUUUGUAAAGGGCGAUACAGUAAACGUCACUUGGUCCUCAGUUUCCUCGGACCCGGCCAAGUUCAGUCUUUACCUCUGGGAGUUUGUCAACUACCCGCCCACUUACGAAUUGGUUGCCUACAAUGUCGAAACAAAGGCCGGAAAGGCAUCAUUCAAACUGCCCUGCAACAUCGAGCCAUCCUCCAACUGGCAACUGACCAUGAUUGAGGGAAUCAACGUCUACGUCCUCUACGCCCAGACUGCUCGCUUCAAAAUCAAGAGCAGUAAGCGUGUUUGUGAUGUCCCGGAGCCCUACCCCGAAAUAUGCUCCAGUUCAUCGACCUAUGACGAUGAGUAG